CGCGCAGCGCGACCAGUAGGCGCCGCCCUCGCCCUCGGAGAACAUACUCGAAGGCGGCGACCGGUGCCAUCGUCCGAAUCGCUCCGCCACAGACCCGCUCGACCUCUCGCCAUGGUGGAAGCCGAUCGCCCCGGGAAGCUGUUCAUCGGGGGGCUCAACCCCGAAACCGACGAGAAGGCCCUGGAGGUGGCGUUUGGCAAGUAUGGCCGCAUCUCCGAGGUGCUGCUCAUGAAAGAUCGAGAAACCAGCAAGUCCAGGGGCUUCGCGUUCGUCACCUUCGAAAGCCCCGCCGACGCCAAGGCCGCCGCCAAAGACAUGAACGGCAAGUCCCUGGAUGGUAAGGCCAUCAAGGUGGCGCAGGCCACCAAGCCGGCGUUCGAGAGCGGCCGACGGGGCCCGCUGCCGCCGCGCAGCAGCCGCGGCCGCCCGAGGGGCCUGCGGGGAACGCGCGGCGGCGGCCCGCGGCGACCCCCUUCCCGGGGCGGGCCCUCGGACGACGGCGGCUACGCGGGCGACUUCGACCCGCGGCCCUCCAGGGCCCCGCUGCCCAUGAAGCGCGGGCCGCCGCCGCGCCGCGCCGGGCCGCCGCCCAAGAGGGCCGCGCCGUCGGGCCCGGCUCGCAGCGGCAGCGGCGGGAUGCGCGGGCGGGCCCCGGCCCCGCGCGGGCGAGACGGCUACGCGGGCCCGCCGCGCCGGGAGCCGCCGCCCCCGCGCCGGGACCCCUACCUGGGCCCCCGGGAGGAGGGCUACUCGCCGCGGGAGAGCUACUCGAGCCGCGACUACCCGAGCGUCCGCGACCCGCGGGAUUUCGCGCCCUCGCCGCGCGAGUACACCUACCGCGACUACGGCCACUCCAGCGCCCGCGACGACUGCCCGUCGAGAGGCUACGGCGACAGAGACGGCUACGGCGGGCGCGACCGCGACUACGCGGACCACCCCAGCGGAGGCUCCUACCGAGACCCCUUCGAGAGCUACGGGGACCCGCGCAGCGCCGCCCCGGCGCGGGGGCCGCCGCCAUCUUACGGCGGGGGGGGCCGCUACGACGAGUACCGCGGCUGCUCGCCCGACGCCUACGGAGGAGGCCGCGACAGUUACGCCGGCGGCCGGAGCGACCGCUACUCGCGGGGCCGCGAGCGGGUAGGCAGGGCCGACCGCGGGCUCCCCGCGUCCGUGGAGAGGGGGUGCCCGCCCCCUCGUGAUUCUUACAGCCGGUCGGGCCGCUGGGUGCCCAGGGGCGGAGGCCGCCCUGGAAGCCGCUCGGAGAGAGGGGGAGGCCGGAGCAGAUACUAAGCAGGAGCAGACUUGGGACCCGAUGCGUUUGCGAAGAAAGCAGGCGGGAAGAGCCAGUUUAUUAUGGUAACCACCCAAGGACUACUGCAAGAAGAGUUAUUUUCACCUUUUAAGAAUUUCUUGUUAACGUCCUCUCCGUCGUUUUUUUUUUUUUUUUUCCUGUGCUUUUGAGAGGAAAAAGUUAAACCUCGUUUUAAGUUCGUUUUGGAAUUGUUAACAUUUCUUUCAACAAGCUCAUGUUAAAAGUCUGACUUGAAUCUGCGUACUAGUCUUGUUCUAUUUCCAAGUAGACGUUCUCCUAAAGGCUUCCUUCCUUCUCAAUUUCUGUGAUAAAUGAGGCAAACAUCUUUUACAAAUAUCUGCCCACUUACAGUGGAAAAGUGGAUCAUUCUGUCCAUUCAAACCAAUUAGAUUUCAUGGGGGAGAGGGGGAGGAAUUGGUGUAUGCUACUCCUAAGAAUUCAGGUGUCUUUCAAACUGAAUCUCAGUGUUCCCGGUGUUUACCAAAAAAAAAAAAAAAAAAAAAAAAAAGAACACCAGCAACAUCAGAAACCACUUAGCUCAUAUGCUUAUGUAAAGAAAGUUCUAAUAACUCUGUAAAUCUAAAAAAAAGCAAAUGGAUAAUGGUGAUCAUGUUUUGCUUUUUUGCCUUUUCUUUGAGAAUCUGCAGAAUCUUCUAUCCCCUUGAUCCCAAAAGUACCAUUCAUAAAUUUCAUAAAUGUUGAACAAGGAUGGAAUACUAAAUUAAAGAUUUGGCCAACCAACCACAGAGCUGGAAAAAACAAACACAAAACAAUAGAGUUUAUGUUCACCAACAAAUUAUUAAGAAACAAGUAGAAAAUACACCAUUGGUGGAUUUUGGGGAUUUUUAAUGGCUUCCAUUGCUAACUCCAAGCUGCUUGAGCUUGGCCCUAGAGCCAGCAGAUGGCUCCUCUGGAGAGAAUUGGGCUGCUUCUCCCUCUCGGGCUUCAGGAAUCAAAUAUCAGCAGCAUCAGAGCUCAGAGGCUCAGAGAAUCCCUGAGAAAGCUUGGCAUUUCAACAUCUGAGGAUCUCUACCUGUUAUGAGGGACCUUGGUGUUUCUAUCCACAAAAGGCAAGGGAAUGGGUUGACUAUUCCACAGUCUUAAGGUGGGGAAAAGACUUGUGUAGACAAAGAGAAACUGUCACAUUGCCCUCAGGAGGGAGAUCACAGUUUACUUUUUCACCUAAAGUUCAGGGCCAGGAAACAUGCAGUACCUGUGGAGUUCCUUCAUUUACUAGAGAGUAAGGUAAUUAAUUGUACGGUCAAGGGAUUUUAGCAACCACAGAAGGAUCAGGUUAAAGUAUUAGGACCCAUGUUCAGUGUAAUUGCUGGAGGAAAGAUGAACACCUGAAAGAGAUUUGAUUGUAACACACAUACAUAACUUAAAAACAUGAAUUUUCAACAAAAUAAUAAAAGGUCAAUUACAGGCUGCAAUUGUGACCCAGAAGAGCAAAUGCAGGAAAUAGCCAAAAAACAAAACAAAACAAAAUCCAGGACUCAAUCUAGUAAAAACAUGUAAGAUCUUUAUGGAAAAAUUGUUAAUUUUAUCAAAGAACAUAAAAGACGACUAAGUAAAUGGAGAUUCAUAUAUCACGGUUGGUAAGACUUUGUAACUAUUCUCAACCUCACAAAAUUAAUUUGGAAAAUCAGAUGAAGUUACAACAUUUUUCUCACACAGCUCCCCUCCCCUCUUUCCCAGUAACACCAUUUAUUUGUGUUGCUCAGCGGUGGAAUACUAAAUAUAAGAUUUGACUAACUACAAAACUGAAAAAAAAAAAAAAAGCUUCAUAUCACGGUCAACAAAUUAUUUUUAAAAAUGUAAAAAAAAAAUAAAAAGACACUAAUGGGAGUAUUAGCUAAUCCUAAAGCUUAUAAUGGUGGAAUAAAGGACAAGAGGAGCCAAAGCAAUUCUGAAAAAUGGUAAUUAGGAAGGACUCCCCUGCCAGGUAUCAAGACUUACUACAAAAUUCUGGUAACUUAAGUGGUGUGGCUAUCAACAGACCAACACACAACAGACCAACACAACAGACCAAAAUAGUCUAGAAAUCAGGCCCACUUGUGGGUGAAACAUGAGCUAUGACAGAGAUAGCUUUAAGUCAUUGUGAAAGGAUGGACCUUUAAGUGACUAUGUGCAAAAAGAUAAAAUGAGAUGGUUCCCUAACUCAGCAUACACAAAAAAUACAUUCUAGAUGGAGAUAUAAAUGUGAAGAGGAAGUUUUUUAAACACUUAGAAGAAAUAAAGAAGAACUGUAUCACACUGGGGUAGAGACGCAGACCUAAAAGGAAAAUUUGCCAUCUCCCACAUCAUGAUUAAAGUAUUUUUUAUGAUAAAAGAUUGUUAGUAAAGUGAAAUAUCAAACUAUAGAUUGGAAGAAUGAGUUGAAGUAACUUCCAAAAGAAUGCUUAAAAAUCAAUUAGAAAAUAGUGGGCACAAGAACUCUAUCUUUCUGAUAGAUGUAUAAAUUGACACAAUCCUAUUGGAAAUAAUUCAGGUCAUGCCUAGAAAAGUUGGAGGGUGCAUACCUUAUGCCCAGAAAUCCCACUGCAAGGAGAGGACCUAGAGACACUUGCACAUGUACAUAAGGAAAUAUAAACAGAUUGGUCUUUACAGCACUGUUUGAAUAUUAAAGUAGAAACGGCCUACCUGGAGUGGAUCAACCGAGGUUUCUUUGAAGUUCAAUGUAGAAGCUAACGUGAAUCAACCAGAACUGCAUGUAUCAACACGGGACUCCAGCAUCAUCCAGACUGUCUUAUGUGGCAACUGACUGCAUGAUUGAAUAUUUCCCCACCAACCUGAAAUGCAGCCUCAGGCUAAGGAGAAAGAGAGGUAACUUGUUAGUGUUGAGUGGGGCAGAAGUCCAGGCUGCUCGAAUUGUUGCAGUUUUAACGUAAAAUCACCUGAGACAAAUCUGAUACCCACUUGGGAAGUUGGCUGGCUCUGCAGACAGAUCGCUUCAAGGCUGAGAAAUUUAACCAUCUCAUUCAAAUGACAAGCACUCUAUGACUGAAUUACACACACAGAAUAACAGGUCAAGGUGCCCUAGGAGUUGCUCUAAGAAGAACUCAUGACUGAACAAGGCCUUUGUGUCCUGGAGAUCAAAUUGAAGGAGAUGGAGACUUUGGGAAAUCUAGCUCACUCAGCUGUGACAAUACUGCAAAAGCUCUUAGUGUGUCCUCAUAGUGCUCACGGCGUGUUGUCUUCAGAGUGUGUGUGCUGAGCUUAGAGGAGGACACGAACUGAUUUGCAUAAGGAGAUUCGAUGGUAGGAAAACCUCCUGGAGUCCUUCUACCUGGCAAACCUGAAGCUCAGGACUGGAAAUGAUACAAAGGGCCCCAAACAGGAGCUCUAUGGGAACUCUACUGCACUGCUGGUGGGAAUGCAAAUUGGUCCUAACACUAUGGAAAGCUGUGUGGAGGUUCCUCAAACUACUAAAAAUGGAGCUUCCAUAUGAUCUAGCAGUUCUACUCCUAGGGAUCUACCCAAAGGACACAAAAACAUUAAUUCAAAAGGACACCUGCAUGCCUAUGUUUAUUGCAGCACUUUUUACAAUAGGAGAAAGCAGUUUCUCAUCGAUUCUGG